AGGAGGAGGAGGAGGAGGAGGAAGAGGAGGAAAGCGACCUGAUUGGCUGAAGAGAGAAGGAGCGUCUGCGCGUCUUUAAAGGCCGGUAGAUGGCAGCUCAGCAUCCUCCCACAUCCACAUCCAUCGAGCACCGAGAGAGGACUGAUCUCAGGAUAUCAGACUGAAUGAAACCAAACUAAUGAAAUGAGAAACUGAACUGGAUUGUUAGAGAAGAAGAAGAUUUGAAAGGAGAAUAUUGGAGGUGGAGAUAUUUGGCUUCAGAUCCACAGAAGAAGAGAGACAGACAGACAUCUCUGCGGCCAUGCAGCACUACGGAGUGAACGGCUACUCUCUGCACGCCAUGAACUCACUGAGCGCCAUGUACAACCUCCACCAGCAGGCGGCGCAGCAGGCCCAGCAUGCACCUGACUACAGGCCCUCAGUGCAUGCCCUCACCCUGGCAGAGAGACUGGCUGACAUUAUCCUCGAGGCCCGGUAUGGCUCCCAGCACCGAAAGCAGCGGCGCAGUCGGACGGCGUUCACCGCCCAGCAGCUGGAGGCCCUGGAGAAAACUUUCCAGAAGACCCACUACCCUGACGUGGUGAUGCGUGAACGUCUGGCUAUGUGCACCAACCUUCCCGAGGCACGCGUUCAGGUCUGGUUCAAGAACCGCCGGGCCAAGUUUCGUAAGAAGCAGCGCAGCCUGCAGAAGGAGCAGCUCCAGAAACAGAAGGAGGCGUCCGGAGCUGCAGAGGGCUCUACAGAGGAAUCCAAGACUGACACCAACACCACCACCACCACCAACACCACCACCAGUACCACCCAGGUCCCAGAGGCCCGCACUCCUCCCCCGCCCUCCUCCUCCUCAUCCUGUCACUCAGAGACGGAGAGGCUGGCAGCCGCAGGGCCGCAGCCGGGAGAGAUGAGCGUGGAAGUCAACGUCACCUCCCCCGAGCCGUCGGACAGCGAGUCAGCAGUGGAGGAUAAUGCUGACAGAGAGGAGGACGAAAUGAGAGGGGAGGCGAGGGUGAAGAUCAGGGAGGAGACGCAGGGGGAGGGAGGAGUGCUGCAGAGGAGCAACUCCCCGUCCUUCAAACAGCUGAGUCCAACAUCAGACUCUCCCCUGGGCUCCCCCACCUUGCCGUCCUCCAGCAGCGUGACCAGCGGUUUGACGCAGGGCAACUCCUACGCGUCAUCUCCUCUCAGCCUCUUCCGGCUGCAGGAGCAGUUUCGCCAGCACAUGGCCGCCACCAACAACAUGGUGCACUACCCGUCCUUUGAAAUGAGCACGCCGUCCUCCAUGCCCUACCUGGGCAUGAACGUCAACAUGCCGUCCCCACUGAGCCAGCUGCCCUGCCAAUCCUACUACCAGACCCUGUCGCAGGCCCAGCAGGUCUGGAACAGCCCGCUGAUGCAGGCGGCGCCAGGCAGCCUCCCAGCAAGCCUCAACAGCAAGACCACCAGCAUAGAGAACCUCCGUCUGAGGGCCAAGCAGCACGCAGCCUCGCUGGGACUGGACACACUCCCCAACUGAAGCUGCUCAGUCUAAAAGUGUUCGCCCUCUAAUCAGGGCCGUGCUUAUCAAUUAUGGCUCCUGCCCACAGGAGGUGACUCUGGGCCCCUCUUCACUUUCCUCUUGACCUCUCACCUCUGUCAUUCAAAACAAAGACACAUCUCCAAAACCCAUUCGAAUUAUCUCAGAUUUAAAUUUAAGAUACAGGCUGCCACACAAUUUGGCUGACUUAACAGCCCAGUCGCACAGCAGUUUGUGAAAUAGUCAAAUUUAAUGUAUUGAUUUGUACAAAGACACAAAUUUCAAAUUUUUUUCGUGAUGGUCAGCACGAAAUUAAUUUGUAUGUAAUCCAUGUAAU